CUUGAUUUGCAAAGACGGAUGUGCAGAAGUGACUAAGUACGCUUAAAAUGGACCAAUUUUGUCUAAGACAAGAAAAUCAGCAGUUACGAAAUUUAAUCGAAAGGAUGAUCGAGGAAGUUGAAGAACGAAUUAAAUGCAUUGUUUACAUCGCAGAUUCUUAUUAUCGAAAAUUUAUAAACUUUGGGCAAAUAAGAGUUUCUAAUAUUUUUCCGAUUUACCAGUUAAGGAUUCGAGACAGCGAAGAAUUUUCACCUCCUAGAAAUCGGGUUAUUUCGAUCCUGAAAAAGAGUCGAGAUGCGGCCUGUAAUUUAUACAUAUUUUUAAUUGCAAAUGGAUUGCAGAAUUUGGAAUUAAUACAAUUUGCAGAACAUCAGCGUUAUAUUGAUACCAGAGGAAUGUUCAUCCUAAUGAAUGAUUUUCGAUUAUUAAAUCCAGAAAUGCAAUAUCUUUGGAACAGAUUGAUAAACGUAAUUUUUAUUCGACGAUAUACUGCAUUUAAAAGACGUUCUGGAAAACAAAUAUUUCAGGAAUGGUAUGAUUUAAAUACAAUUUAUUAUCCUGCGAAAAUAAAAGGACUCGUUCAAACAAGAUAUAUUGAUUCUUUCUAUCGUGGAAGAUUUCGAUAUGGUGUUAAUCAUUUUCCCCACAAAAUAAAAAAUCUUCAAAAUAAACGUUUACGGGUGGCCGUAUUUCAGCACAUACCAGCAGUGACGAAAAUUGCAGAAGAUUUUUACAAUGAUGUCUCAAAAAAAACUUCUCAAGCUUUGGGAUUAGAAUUCGAACUGAUGAAAAUUAUUGCAAAAGUGAUCAACUUCCAACCUUUAUUUUAUGCACCGAAUAAUAUAAAGGAAGAAAAAUGGGGAAUUGUUGGUGAAAAUGAAACUAAUGGACUUUUGGGAGAAGCUGCUGCUCGGAAAGCAGCUUUUUAUCUCGGGGAUCUACAUUACACACCUCGUCAUUUAAAUAUAAUGGAUUUAACCUGGCCAUAUAAUUUUGAAUGUUUGACUUUUUUGACUCCUGAAUCGUUAACUGAAAAUUCUUGGAAACUAUUAAUUCUACCUUUCAAAUUAUACUCUUGGGUUUUGGUGAUCCUGACUCUUCUAAUAGGAGGAAUGAUAAUUUACCUCUUUGCUCUCUUCUAUGAAAAGAGGAUAAUACUCUGCAAAAUUGGGGGCCCGAAUAUAGAAAAAACAAAAAAAGCACUUAAGAUUAUGAACAAAAAUGGGAGAAAUCCUCUGAAAGAAAAAUUAGACGAAGAAAUGGAAGGCCUUUAUCUCUUUUCCGAUCCCCAAAAUAGUUUGCUGUAUACUUAUAGUAUGUUGUUACAAGUUUCUCUUCCUAUGUUGCCAAAAGCAUUUGCAUUGAGAGUUUUUAUUGGUUGUUGGUGGCUUUAUGCAAUUUUAAUCACCGUAACGUAUCGAGCUAGCAUGACUGCUGCUCUUGCUAAUCCGGUUGCCAGAAUUACAAUCGAUACUGUAGAACAAUUAGCAAAAACCCCGAUUAUUGUCGGAAGUUGGGGAUAUGAAAAAAAGGAAUUUUUCCUCUCAUCUGAAGAUCAAAAUUUGCAGAAAGUAGGCAGAAGAUUUGAGAUGAUUGGAAAUCAAGAAGAUGCAUUGGCUCGAGUGGCCAAAGGGAGAUUUUGUUAUUACGAAAAUAUUUUCGUUUUACGAGAGGCUAGAGUCAGCAGACAAGUUCUAGAAGCUGAAUUGAAAAAACAUGCGAUAGAGCGUCAUGAGAAUGUUGCAACAGAUCGAGACUUACAUGUCAUGAAAGAAUGUGUAAUUAAUAUGCCUGUAUCUCUCGGAUUGGAUAAGAAUUCACCGUUGAAACCUCGAGUGGAUAAACUGGUGAGACGUUCUGUAGAAGUGGGAUUACUUCAAAAAUGGCUAAAAGAUGUGAUGGAGUGGUCAAAAAUUACAGAAAUGAGACAGGAGCAUGAAUCGGAAAAAGCAUUAAUUAAUUUUCAUAAAUUGCAAGGAGCACUAGUGGCUUUAGGGAUUGGUUAUUUUUUUAGUUUGCUGGCUUUAGCAGGUGAAAUGUUGCACUGGAAAUACAUCGUUAUGAGAAAUCCUUUAUUUGAUAAGUAUCAUCUUGAUGUAUUUUACCAAAAGAAUUCAAUGUAA